CAACUCCUGCCAAGCGGAUCGCAGGGAUGUGAGCGCGCGCUGCCAGCUCUGGAGCCAGAAACGAGCACUUCGGGCAGGAAUAAACACCUUUGUGUUAUUAUUUUCAUUUUUUUAAAAACUGAUCCUUGCAGCUUCGGUAGGGUUUUUUGUUUUUAUUUGUUUUUUUCCCCAUGAUGGCUGUCCUGGAUGAGCUGCUCUUCUUCCAUCCAGGGAACUGAUAGGAAGACUUUGCGUGCUGCAUCCCGUCCGCUAGAGCUGCCUCGCCUCUGGAAUUUAAAAUGCCUGCAGAAAACAGCGACCAGGAGAGCAUGCUGAGCUACCAGAGACCCGGUGAGGAGGUUGUUGUGGACCAGGGUGGCACAAGCUCAGUUUUAAACAUCCACUAUGAGAAAGAAGAGCUGGAGAGUCACAGGACUCUGUUUGUCGGGGUUAGGAUGCCUCUGGGCCGCCAGUCUCACCGUCAUCACAGACCUCACAGCUCCAAGCACCGCAGGAGAGAGAGGUCAAGAACCGGGAGCCUAGCACAUGAUAGUGACCUUUCAGAGAGUGUUAACACCUCACACGACACGCCAUCACAGAGGGUGCAGUUUAUUCUGGGAACAGAGGAGGAUGAGGAACACGUGGCUCACGAGCUGUUCACUGAGCUGGAUGAGAUCUGCGUUAAAGACGGUAAAGACGCUGAGUGGAAGGAGACAGCCAGGUGGUUGAAGUUCGAGGAGGACGUGGAGGAUGGAGGUGAGAGGUGGAGUAAACCCUACGUGGCCACUCUGUCCUUGCACAGUCUGUUCGAGCUGCGCAGCUGCAUCAUCAACGGCACCGUCCUGCUGGACAUGAGAGCCAACUGCAUCGAGGAGAUCGCCGACAUGGUGCUGGACCAUCAGGAGGCAGCUCACGAGUUGGACGACAGUGUGAGGGUGAAGGUUCGAGAGGCUCUGCUGAAAAGGCAUCACCACCAGAGCGAUAAGAGGAGAUCCAACCUCUUGCCCAUGGUCAAAUCUCUGACCGACUCCGGCAGGAAGCAAAGCGAACCCCACUGUCUGGAUAAAACCGGAUCCGCCACAUCUUCUCAACCUUCUCCUAUAACUGCUGAAGUGAAGAACGGGGUGGGGCAGGAUAAUGGACAAGUGGACCUCAGUAAGGUGGACACACACUUCAUGAAGAAGAUCCCUACUGGAGCUGAAGCCUCUAAUGUGCUGGUGGGAGAGCUGGACUUCCUGGAGAGACCGAUCGUAGCGUUCGUCCGACUUUCACCUGCGGUACUGCUAACAGGACUGACUGAAGUACCCAUACCUACCAGGUUCAUGUUCAUUCUGCUGGGGCCGGACGGAAAAGCUCAACAGUAUCACGAGAUUGGACGAUCCAUGGCUACCAUCAUGACCGAUGAGAUUUUUCAUGAUGUAGCGUACAAGGCUAAGAACCGGAGCGACCUGCUGGCUGGGAUCGAUGAGUUUUUGGAUCAGGUGACUGUUUUGCCGCCUGGAGAGUGGGACCCUUCAAUCCGCAUUGAACCGCCAAAGAGUGUUCCCUCACAGGAGAAAAGGAAGAUGCCUGGCGUUCCCAACGGGACGUCUGCUCCUGCCGAGGUCGAGUCACACGGGGAACACCACGGACCAGAACUACAGAGAACUGGGAGGUUGUUUGGUGGUUUGAUUCUGGAUGUGAAACGAAAGGCGCCCUUUUACCUGAGUGAUUUUAGAGAUGGGUUGAAUCUGCAGUGUGUGGCAUCGUUCCUCUUCCUCUACUGUGCCUGCAUGUCUCCUGUCAUUACCUUCGGAGGGCUGCUGGGGGAAGCGACAGAGGGACGCAUCAGUGCUAUUGAGUCUCUGUUAGGAGCCUCGAUGACGGGUGUGGCGUACUCUCUCUUCGCCGGUCAGCCGCUCACUAUUCUCGGCAGCACUGGACCUGUUCUGGUGUUCGAGAAAAUCCUUUUCAAGUUCUGCAAAGAUUAUGACCUGUCCUACCUGUCUCUGCGCACCUGUAUCGGCCUGUGGACGGCCUUCCUGUGUUUCCUCCUGGUUGCCACGGACGCUAGCUCUCUGGUCUGCUACAUCACACGCUUCACAGAGGAAGCCUUCGCCGCCCUCAUCUGCCUCAUCUUCAUCUAUGAGGCCUUAGAGAAGCUCAUACAUCUGGGAGAACUCUAUCCUGUCAACUCACACAGUGACCUGGAUAAACUCACACUGGCCUACUGUAAAUGUGCAGUGCCUGAUAACCCCAGUAAUAAAACUCUGACCAUGUGGAGCGAGAGGAACAUCACUGCGUCCGAAGUGCCAUGGAGCAACCUCACUGUGAAGGAAUGUUUAGAUCUGCACGGCCAGUUUGUCGGGACAGCUUGUGGUCAUCACGGCCCCUACACUCCCGAUGUGCUCUUCUGGUCGGCCAUCUUGUUUUUCUCCACCUUCUUCCUGUCCACCUUCCUCAAGCAGUUCAAGACCAGCAGAUAUUUUCCAACACGGGUGCGAUCUAUGAUCAGUGAUUUUGCCGUCUUCCUGACAAUCGUUCUCAUGGUGCUGAUCGACUAUGUCACUGGAGUCCCGUCACAGAAACUACAAGUGCCAAGCAAAUUUAAGCCUACACGGGAUGACCGCGGCUGGCUGAUUAACCCGAUUGGACGGAAUCCGUGGUGGACGGUUCUAGCAGCAGCAAUACCGUCCAUGCUCUGCACAAUCCUCAUCUUCAUGGACCAACAAAUCACAGCUGUCAUCAUCAACCGCAAAGAACACAAACUCAAGAAGGGCUGUGGCUACCACUUGGACCUGUUGAUGGUGGGGGUGAUGCUGGCCGUGUGUUCAGUGAUGGGCUUGCCGUGGUUCGUAGCAGCGACAGUGCUUUCAAUCUCCCACGUCAACAGUCUAAAACUGGAGUCAGAAAGCUCCGCCCCCGGAGAGCAGCCAAGAUUCCUAGGCAUCAGAGAGCAGAGACUAACGGGCCUUUUCAUCUUCCUGCUCAUGGGCUGCUCUGUGUUUAUGACUGGUGCCUUACAGUUCAUCCCCAUGCCAGUGCUAUAUGGAGUGUUCCUCUACAUGGGAGCUUCAUCUCUCAAAGGCAUUCAGUUCUUCGACCGUCUGAAGUUGUUCGGCAUGCCAGCAAAACAUCAGCCGGAUUUCAUCUACCUUCGGCAUGUUCCUCUGAGGAAAGUUCACCUGUUCACCAUCACACAGCUCACCUGUCUUGUACUGCUGUGGGUCAUCAAGACGUCCCCCGCUGCCAUCGUAUUCCCCAUGAUGGUGCUGGCGCUGGUCUUCAUUCGUAAACUGCUGGACUUCUGCUUCAGCAAACGGGAGCUGAGUUACCUCGAUGACCUCAUGCCUGAGAGCAAAAAGAAGAAACUUGAUGAUGCAUCUAAAAAGGCAGUGGAGCAGGAGUCCCAGGAGAUGCUGGUUGAUGACUCUGACAGAGGAGAGGAUAAAAACACAGUGCGGAUCUCAAUGGAGAGCAGCAAGCUGCUACAAUCUCCUAAAACACCAGACCCCAAGACUGACCCCUCUGACAUCAACAUCUCAGACGAAAUGUCUAAAACUACAGUCUGGAAGUCUCUUAGCUCCAGUCACAAAGACGCACAGCGUGCAACAGGGCUCAAAAAGGAUGACCAGUGAAGAGUGUCACAGGGCCUGCGAAUUCAUCAACCAGUUAAUUAACAUCACUCUCUCCCUCUCUCACUCUUUCUCUCUCUCUCUCUCACACAGACACACACACACAACAUACACACUACAUACCAUUAACCCUCCUUAUAGCCAUGAGGUGUGAGUGUGUAUAGAGCGUGUGUGUGUGUGUGUUUAGUGUGUGUAUAGAGGAGUACGCUUCUCUGCCCCUGUUUCAUUUUAGCACUUUAACGCUGUCUAGAAAAUCACAGUCGCCGCACAGAAAGCGUGGAUUCUAUUUUUAGCCAUAAAUGUCUCCCAUUACUGCUGUACAUGUGUUUCGUAACGCGUCGUUGAAAUUAUUAAUAACCUCAGUAAUAAGAGUCGAAGAAGUCGAGUGAGUGAAGAGGGUUUUUUUUAGUUAGAAUGUGAUCCAAAUUGUGCAAACAAUUUUCAGAGUCUGAAUGAUAAGCAGUAAAAGGGAUAUUCCAGUGUUUUCCGGAUCUUUCCUGCUUAGCGUUCCAGAUAUUUUUUUUUUUAAAUAAGCUUGUUCUCUGUGUUUUUUGUUCCUGGAUUGACUCCAGAUCUAUCUCAACCCUGACCAGGAUAAAUAUGAAUGAAUGAAUGAAUGAUAUGUUUUGACUCCUUAUGUUUCACCCUGUUGGUGAUUUAUCCUGCAUUUCUCCUUGGCUACGUCUCAAUCCUCUCCCUAGCUCCCCGGGUGCUGAAUCAGUACAUCAUGUACCCGAGUUCAGACGCCGCUCACAACCCUGACUCACUACACACUGAGCCUCUGAUGACUCAUUUUCACUGAGAUUGAUACCACUACAUACUCACAUUGUUGUAAAACUUACAACUACAGGCAGAUUCGAUGUCUUUCUGACGUUAUCAUUAUUUUUCUCUUAUGGUUCUUCCAGCAGGAUGGAUCGUAGCCUGGCUAAUGGAUUCUUUUAAAAGCAUAUCAUAUAUAGAAUGUUAAAUGUUGUUGCUCAUUCGGCUGCUCCUUGUUCGGGGUUGCCACAGCGGAUCAUUUUGUCCACAUGUUGCAAUUUGGCACAGGUUUUACGCCAGGUGCCCUUCCUGGCGCUACUCUUCCAUUUAUUCCGGGCUUGGGUCCGGCACUGAGAGUUAAUUCUAAUUGAGAGUGGUUGGGUUAGCACCCUGCCCAGGAAUGAGAGCAAUGAGAGCGCGGGAUCCUGACGCUGGACCCUAUAUAUAUAUAUAUAUAUAUAUAUAUAUAUAUAUAUAUAUAUAUAUAUAUAUAUAUAUAUAUAUAUAAAACAUCAUUUAUAUAUAUAUAAAACAUCAAAUAAAACUAAAAAUCAUUAAGUAAUUAUUUGAGAGUGAAAAGGAAAUCUGGAACAUUUCCCUGCCAGACCACUAGAGGGCAAUGCUUUACAUUUUGGCUGUGUUUCAUUUCCUUUUUAUUUGUUUUACUGUGCAUCUCAUAGACAUCUAAAAGGAUAGCUCGGACACUUCCGCUACAACCCACUGGCUGGUGCGGUGACAUCAUGACGCCAUAUUUGUGGUUGUUGCUAGAUUCUCAAGUUUUCUGUCUCUUUUAUUGAUAUAAAUGAUUGUAUUGUGUUAAAUCCAUAGUUCACCCACUCAUAGAAACAUAAAGAAAAACAAUAGAGAAGCUCUGGUCUGGUACAUCUGGAAAUGUACAUGCUCACUUGGAAGGAAUCACGUGUCCUAGGUACCGUACAUAGAAUAUAUUUUCUCACCAAGAGUGUUGUAAUGUGUGAAAUAUGACUCUCUGAACUAACAUAUUACUUGCUGAAAAAAGGAAACAUAUUACUUAUCAAAUUACGCCCUGGAAAAUGUAUUAAUAAUAUUAUGCCAUGUUCUAGUCCAUCUGUAAUCACAGAAACAAAGUUGAGUAUUAAAAUAAAGACCAGUAUGCGUUCAGGCUUUAUAAUUUAGGAGCCUCUGUGCUCAGUAAUUCCCUUUUUCAACUCAUAGUGACGGUGUUUCUGAGGAUAUUUUACAAGUUUAUAUGUACUACAUAUGAUAAAAUUAGCUAUAUGUUGUUGUUCUUUCGGCCACUCCCUGUUUGGAGUCGCCACAGCAGAUCAUUUAGUCCGCACGUUUGGAUUUGGCACAGGUUUUUCAACACCCUUCCUGAUGCAACCCUCCCGUUUAAUCCAGGCUUGGGACCGGUACUGAGAGUUAACUAGGAGUUGGCUAGGUUUGCUUCCUGCCCAGGAAUUGAACCCGGGCGAUGAGAGUGCGGGAUCCUGCCGCUGGACCACCAGGAGGCAUCUGAUUACUAAAUGGGUACAACAGAGUUAUCAUGUUAUAUGAUACACCGAUCAGACAUAACAUGAUUAACAUGAAUUAUGUCCACCUGCCUAAUAUUGUGUUGGUCUACCUUUCUGACUUAAAGGAUACUUUUGAUAGAUACUGACCACUGCAGACCGGGAACACCCCACAAGAGCUGCAGUUUUGGAGAUGUUCUGAUCCAGUGGUCUAGCCAUCACAAUUUGUCCCUUCGUCAAACUCAGUCAAAUCCUUACGCUUGUGUAUUUUUCCUGCUUCUAACAUCAACUUUGAGGACAAAAUGUUGACUUGCUGCCUAAUAUAUCCCACCCACUAACAGGUGCCAUGAUGAGGAGAUCAUCAGCCUUAUUCACUUCACCUCUUACUGCUCAUAAUGUUAUGCCUGAUCAGUGUAUAUCAUUAUAUCAUUAUCAUUAUAUCAUGAAGUAGCGGGUCUGUCCGGUCUAUCCCAGGAGUUUUCCGUUUUAUUCUCUACCUCCUGUUUGUUACCUGUGUGAACCCUGUGUGUUUGCUGAGACCAGUUUGAUCCAGUUCUUGCAUAGUUCUCUAUACUUGUAGUUGGUUCAGCACUUAAUUGAAGCAGAAAUUCUGCACUUGAGUCCACCCUGAAUCGUGAGCUACAAUAACAACAAUAACGAGCUACUUCCGUUUGUAGUCUCCAAUUUUAUUUGAGCUGAGAAACUUCCGAAAAUAUGACGUCAUCGAUUCUAUCCAUGCUUCCUGGGUUAAUGAGCGAACCAGAGAGCGGAUCGAGACGCUGCCUUUCUCUUUCAUUUAAUACAGUUUAUUGCCACCUACUGGACCGGAGAGUUUGGGGAAUUGGACAGUAGAUUCCAUUAAAGAGGAAUUCACUUCCUCAGUCCAAAGGGGCAGAUGUUGUCCCCCAUUAAAGCCACCAAAUCUUCUCAUAUUCAACAUCUGCCUAGGAUUUUCUGGUAACAUCUAAUAUCAAGCAACGACUUAAUAUUUAAAAUGCUAGAACGCUAGGUUCUAAAACACUGGACUAUUCCUUUCAUUCUAAUAGAAACACAACAAUAAAAUCCCUCCAUUUUGAGUGAAUGCUUUCUGAUAGACUGCAUUAAAAAAGAAAAAUAAAAGCAAUAAAGGACAAUAACUGAUGAUAAUCAGUCAAAAAAAAAAAAAAAUAUAUAUAUAUAUAUAUAUAUAUAUAUAUAUAUAUAUAUAUAUAUAUAU